GUCACCUUCUUGGCCGUGAACGAAUGGUUGAACGAUAACGCUCUUGAAUGGUGGCGCGGGAACCAUGAGAGCAGGUUCGCUGACAACUGAGGUCGAUAUGCAUGUCUUCGAUAUUAUUGCAGGCAUGAUCCGAGAUGACAAUUUCAAAGUUGAAAAUAUACAGGCUCUGAAAGAGUUCAAGCAGGCAGUGGACGAACACACGGAGCGUAUCCACACGCACUAUUGACAUGACGAAGAAUGGAGAAAUCGAGAGAAAAGUGGAGGAGUUAAUGUAGUUGACCUCCGCCCUGUACGCCAUUGGAGGUAUCGACGAGGCGAAGAGAUUCACUGGCGAACUUUUCCUGCAAGAAUUAAUCUCCAUUAUAUCUUUCCGUUAGCUGACUUGUGGUCAGGACGCAUAUGGUCACUUCAGGCCUGUUCUCGCUCUCGCUGAUCGGACCCUUGACGCCGAGCUCCCAGGCGCUGCUCCUGCGUGCGUACCUAGUGACAGUGUUGACAUGGUGGGUAGCGCGUGGUAGCCCAGCCCUGAAAAUCAAAAUCCUUCAUUGGUACCCACAUCCACUCACUUUACCGUUCUACAGUCCGAGGGAAGCGACGGCUCUGUCUCCCAGAAGGAGCAUUCCAAUCCCCAAGAUUCAACGUUCUUCCGCGCAUUUCAGCACCCCCUAUGGCAACAGGCCAGCCCGCUACCACAAAAGUACAGAGCUCGAAGGUGCUGAAAUCAUUGAUGGUUCGCUGUUCGUUCGGACAGCCUUGCUAACAGCAAAUUACAUGGGGGAGGCAAACACUCGGGAGUGUUAGUGGUUUAAAUCCGCGUGUAUUUUUGGUAUUUCUGUGUGAGGCAAUCUUAAAUCAAGUACGUUGCUAGAUUCCACCAUUCCAGUGAAGGACAUCCGCGGACGAUUCGAUGUAAUUCUUGAAGAAAUGGGUCCACUCUGACUCAAAAGUGUG